UCGGGAAAAAAGAAAAAGAAAAAAAAAAGUCUCCCCGGUCCUCUCCUCUCUGAUGAUCCGCGGCGGCACCGCCGCUCGCUCUCGCGCGGAGCGUCAAAUGGUCAACCCCCGUAUUUGAACUCGAGGGAGGGACUCCGUGGCCGGAGGAUCGGCGCAGCAACUUCUUGUUCCCUGGAGACCUGUAAGGCGAGCUAGCCGUAGCCAGUAGCAACGGCUCCCUGACGACCUUCUGCCUCUUCUUGGAGUAAACAGUUCUGUCCAAGCAACUCAUGUACUCGCCAAAUUCACUUGCUCAGUUGGUUCCAAACGUUCUAUAUUUGUUGAAAAGCUUAGUACUGGAGAUUGUUCCAUCCACUCUGUUGAUGCUAAUGGAGUCCGAUAGCCCAGUUUCGAAGAAAUCACGAUUGUUCCACACAGAAGAUUGUGAAAUGGAGGAAGUGCCUUCCAAUGCAGUGGGCGUGAAUCCGAGUUUGCAAUGGACCCAGUGGCAGAUUCUGGACUCCAUUCUCCCAACCGGUGGUUUUGCACAUUCCUAUGGCCUUGAAGCUGCUAUGCAAUCUCGCAUGGUGAACAACCAGGACGACUUGAAGUCGUUUGUCAUCCAGGUCCUGGACAACACUGGCAGCCUGUUGCUUCCGUUCGUAUACUGCGCUAGCAAGUCCCCUGAUGCAGCGGCAUGGAUCAAGCUGGAUCAGUUGCUGGAAGCCACAUUGACGAACGAGGUUGCAAGGAAGGCAUCCACAUCUCAGGGCUCAGCUCUGCUGAGGGUAGCUGCGUCUGUCUUCACUGAAAGUCAAGCACUGCAGGAUCUCCGGCGGACAUUCCUUGGUUCCAAGAGCGUGUCAUUUCACCACGCGUCUAUAUUUGGGUUGAUAUGUGGGCUAGUUGGAUUCGACAGUGAGACAGCGCAGCGGGCUUACAUGUUUGUGACAAUGAGGGAUGUGUUCUCUGCCGCAACUAGACUCAAUUUGAUCGGACCGCUGGCUGCUUCAGUGCUGCAGCACCAGGUUGCACCAGAUGCCGAAGGGAUGAUGCAGAAAUGGAGGGACCGUGAUGUCUCUGAGGCUUCACAGACCGCCCCACUGCUCGAUGUGUUGCAGGGCUGCCAUGCUUACAUGUUCUCCAGGCUAUUUUCCUCAUGAGAAUAAGGUGUGCUGCUAUCAAGGACGUGAUGAGCAGUUCUUUAAUUCUUUAAGUACAACUACAGCCAUGCAUUCCAACCAUUAUAUGCAUUUAUGAUCUUUCCAUCCAAGUGAUUUGAAGUGUUGGAUUUUGAGUUGUGAUUAAGUUAUCUGGUAUUGAUGCAUAUAAUAAUCUACAGCAUAGUAUACGAAUACUGGCAUCAGAUAUAUGGAACAGAUCUACAGCAUAUUAUAUUGAUGCAUUGCAAUUCUUUAAUUCUGCAGCAUAUAUGUAAUAAUAUUAAUAUCCCUGGACGGUGAUUUCUGUACGUUUAAGUUGUUACCUGAACAAGCCUUUGUCAGGUCCAUGUUGUGCUAUUCUAGGUCACAGAA